AUGUCUUUAUUAAAACAUCGUAAAUAUAAACUUGGCACUUGUUAUGGUUGCCAAAAAUGUCUUUUCUGUUUUAAAGAUUUAAAAAAUGAAAGCUGUUCAUGUAAUUUAAAAAUAAAACCAUCUCGUACUGACACUUUUCGAUCUGAACGUGGACAAGAAAUUCAUAAUCGAUGUUAUAAAAUUUCCAAAACUCGUUUAGCUCAAGUUACUUGGUUAAAAGAACGAAGCAAUUUUUUUGGAUAUAAUA